CCGCCCCCUCCGCCUCCCGGAGCUGGAGCCGCCUCCUCGGCCAGUGGCGUAGCCGCGUCGGGCCGGGCAGACAGGGGCUGCGGUCCGGAGCCGGUCUCCGCCGAGCCGGGGGCGAUGGAGAAAGCGGCCCGAGGCGCUCUCCUCUCCGACUAACGCGGGCCGUCGCGGCUGCCGGCGCCAUGGACCGAGCCCCCGCGGACCAGAAUGUCAAGCUGUCAGCUGAGGUAGAGCCAUUUAUUCCCCAGAAGAAGAAUCCUGAUACAUUUAUGAUCCCUAUGGCACUCCCAAAUGAUAAUGGAAAUGUUUCCGGUGUAGAACCAACUCCAAUUCCCAGUUACCUGAUUACUUGUUACCCAUUUGUGCAGGAGAACCAGUCCAAUAGACAGUUUCCAUUGUAUAACAAUGAUAUACGAUGGCAACAGCCCAAUCCAAACCCUGCUGGACCAUACCUUGCCUACCCUAUUAUAUCUGCUCAACCGCCUGUUUCUGCAGAGUACACAUAUUAUCAGCUGAUGCCAGCACCUUGUGCCCAAGUUAUGGGUUUCUAUCACCCUUUUCCUACACCUUACUCCAACACCUUUCAGGCAGCAAAUACUGUAAAUACUAUAACCACAGAAUGCAGUGAGCGUCCAAAUCAGCUUGGACAGGUCUUCCCAUUGUCCAGUCAUCGAAGCAGAAACAGCCACAGAGGACCAGUGGUACCAAAACAACAGCUUUUACAACAGCACAUAAAAAGCAAAAGGCCACUGGUGAAAAAUGUAGCUACUCAGAAGGAGACAAAUGCAGCAGGUCCUGAUAAUCGAUCAAAAAUUAUACUUCUAGUAGAUGCUUCACAGCAAACUGAUUUCCCGUCAGACAUUGCUAACAAGUCUCUCUCUGAGAGCUCUGCCACAAUGCUCUGGAAGUCCAAAGGCAGGAGGAGAAGAGCGUCCCACCCUACAGUUGAAUCCUCUAGUGAGCAGGGAGCUAGUGAAGCUGACAUUGACAGUGAUAGUGGCUACUGCAGCCCCAAACACAGCAACAACCAGUCCGUAGCAGGGGCUUUGAGAAAUCCUGAUUCUAGCACCAUGAAUCAUGUGGAAUCAUCUAUCUGUGCAGGUGGUGUAAACUGGUCCAAUGUAACUUGCCAGGCAACACAGAAAAAACCUUGGAUGGAAAAAAAUCAGACAUUUUCUAGAGGUGGAAGGCAGACUGAGCAAAGAAAUAAUUCACAGGUUGGAUUCAGAUGCCGAGGACAUAGUACUUCCUCAGAAAGAAGACAGAAUUUGCAAAAGAGACAAGAUAAUAAGCAGUUAAACCCCAACCAGUCUCAUCGAGGGGACCCAAAUUCUGAGUCUUUAUAUUUUGAGGAUGAAGAUGGAUUUCAAGAAUUAAAUGAGAAUGGAAAUGCUAAAGAUGAGAAUAUUCAACAGAAACUUUCCUCGAAAGUAUUGGAUGAUUUACCUGAAAACUCACCAAUCAAUAUAGUUCAGACUCCAAUUCCUAUUACAACCUCGGUUCCCAAACGUGCAAAAAGUCAGAAGAAGAAAGCUUUAGCAGCAGCCCUUGCCACAGCUCAAGAAUAUUCAGAAAUAAGUAUGGAGCAAAAAAAAUUACAGGAAGCUUUAUCAAAGGCAGCAGGAAAAAAGAAUAAAACACCUGUGCAGUUAGAUUUGGGGGACAUGUUAGCAGCUCUGGAAAAACAACAACAAGCUAUGAAAGCACGACAAAUUACUAAUACCAGACCUCUGUCAUGUACAGUGGUCACUGCAGCUUCUUUUCACACUAAAGACUCCACUAACAGAAAAUCUUUACCCAAAAGUCAGCCCUGUUUGACAUCCUUUAAUUCUUUGGAUAUCACUUCCUCUAAAGCAAAAAAAGGAAAGGAGAAGGAAAUUGCAAAACUGAAACGACCCACAGCACUUAAGAAGGUUAUUUUGAAAGAAAGAGAGGAAAAGAAGGGCCGUUUAACUGUGGACCACAGCCUUUUGGCAUCUGAGGAACCAGUAGAAAUGCACUUAGAUUUUAUUGAUGAUUUGCCGCAAGAAAUUGUUUCCCAGGAAGAUACUGGACUAAGCAUGCCCAGUGAUACUUCACUCUCUCCAGCAAGUCAGAACUCUCCAUACUGCAUGACACCUGUGUCACAAGGCUCUCCGGCUAGUUCUGGGAUUGGCAGUCCAAUGGCAUCUUCAACAAUAACUAAAAUCCACAGCAAAAGAUUUAGAGAAUACUGUAAUCAGGUUCUCUGUAAAGAGAUUGAUGAAUGUGUGACUCUUCUUCUCCAAGAGCUUGUCAGUUUCCAGGAACGCAUCUACCAAAAGGAUCCUGUAAGAGCAAAAGCAAGGAGACGGCUGGUUAUGGGUCUAAGGGAGGUUACCAAGCAUAUGAAGUUAAACAAGAUUAAGUGUGUUAUAAUUUCUCCAAACUGUGAAAAAAUCCAGUCAAAAGGUGGUCUGGACGAGGCUCUCUAUAAUGUCAUAGCCAUGGCACGGGAACAAGAAAUUCCUUUUGUGUUUGCCCUUGGGAGAAAAGCUCUAGGACGCUGUGUGAACAAGCUGGUUCCUGUUAGUGUAGUGGGUAUCUUCAACUACUAUGGUGCUGAGAGUCUGUUUAAUAAGUUAGUAGAACUCACUGAAGAAGCCAGGAAAGCUUAUAAAGACAUGGUGGCAGCAAUGGAACAAGAACAGGCUGAGGAAGCCUUAAAGAAUGUGAAAAAGGUGCCACACCACAUGGGGCAUUCUCGGAAUCCCUCUGCAGCUAGCGCCAUUUCUUUCUGCAGUGUUAUUUCUGAACCCAUCUCUGAAGUAAAUGAAAAGGAAUAUGAAACAAAUUGGAGAAACAUGGUGGAAACUUCAGAUGGACUGGAAACAUCAGAAAAUGAGAGAGAGACUUCCUAUAAGGACAACACAUCUGAUAAGCCCAGUAAACCUCCGUUUGACACGGCCCCUGUUGGUAAGCAGCCAUUAUUAGUGACUGCAGGCAGUACUACCUCAGCUACAAACCCUGGGAAGUCCACAGCAAGUGAUAAAGAGGAAGCAAAGCCAGAUGACCUGGAAUGGGCUUCACAACAAAGUACUGAGACAGGCUCUUUGGAUGGCAGUUGCCGAGAUCUUCUGAAUUCCUCCAUCACCAGCACCACCAGCACUCUUGUGCCUGGCAUGCUUGAAGAGGAGGAUGAUGAAGAGGAGGAGGAGGAGGAAGACUAUACUCAUGAACCCAUAUCCGUAGAAGUUCAGCUCAAUAGUAGAAUUGAGUCUUGGGUCUCAGAGACCCAGAGAACGAUGGAAACUCUUCAGCUUGGGAAAACCCUUAAUGGUUCUGAGGAAGACAAUGCAGAGCAAAGUGGGGAAGAGGAAGCAGAGGCGCCUGAGGUUCUCGAGCCAGGGGUGGAAGGUGAGGCCUGGACUACUGACCACCAAGCAAGUCCAGAACAGCAGAAGCCCAGCAUCUGCAGCUUGCAGAGCAGUGAGCGCUCUGACCCUAAUCAUGUGCCCCCAAAUCUAUAACUCAGGACAUGUCAGCUCUCUAUCUCUGACCGUGUAAGGGUUGCAGCCAUUCUCUUUUAUGCUUCAUCUCAACAUUUUGCACUGUCCAGUAUUUAAUACAUGUGUUUAAUUCC